UGCAACCGCUCCUCGCAGCACGUACAGUAGGAAAGUCGGAUAAUAAGGAAACGCAGGAGCGACGGAAAAGGACAUCCACGCGAGGCCGAGCGAUUCGCCCAGAGACGCAGGAAAAAAGGAGGACGGACCAGGACAAAGGCGCAGGAGCCACGGCAAGGUGAACCACUCUGCGGCCGAGGGAGACUUGGCUCUCGAGGCGAGGGGACGCGGAGCCUCCAGUCGCCCCCAGGAGGUCGGCCGAGCGAGCGCCGUCGAGUGCGUGGCCGCGGAAAGGAAGCGUCCGGACUCAUAGGCAAAGGGCAGCGCCGUCGACACUAAGGGAGCAGAGCCCGCCAGGACCUUGCCGAGCCUCGAGCGAACGCUGACGGAGAGCGCGAGGACGGGGAAGCCCCGGCGGUGACCAUGCGGCAGAAGGCGGACGAUGCCCGAAGGGGCUCCACGGACGGCAAGCAGGAGAAGUCGGUGAAGCUGCCGCGGCGCAUGUCGGCCAGCGUGGCCAAGCAGGAGACGCGCUGGGGCAUGAGCAAGGAGACGAGGAGCGGCCUCAAGGUGACGGCGCUCUGGAUCACCUACCUGCUCCUCGGCAGCGUCGCCUUCAUCUACCUCGAGCAGACCACCACCACCACCGCCACGCCCAAGGACCACCUCCACUGGGCCAGGUUCAAAGGUAAGGACACUCUGCUUUCGUCUGUGGUCGUCGGGCGACGGAGGGCCUCUCGGGGUCACCGGGCGCGACCGCCGAGUCAACCUCCUUCAGGAGGUCGCGGGCCGGUGGUCGUGGCGAUUGUUUUUGGUCGUCCAGCGGCUCUCAGGCCCCGGCCGCCACCUUGGAGGCGCAGCGGGUCAUCGGCAGGAGAGCCGCUGUUAUCGGGUCCCCGGCGGCUCUCACGGUCCUAA